AUUUCGCGAUUCCCCGACAAUUUCCCGUUGACUUUGCUUUUCUCCCCCCAAUCCCAAAUCACUUACUUCUCACCCGACUCGCUCAUCAGCGACUUGCUCAUUCCAAAAACCCUCUUCAAUCCAUGUCUGCCGCAGCCGACAACAAUCCACUCAGCCCCAUUUUGGACGACGCCAUCAUCCUCGAUCCGACAGCCUUGGCCUAUGUCAACAGCCCUGAGUUCGAGCGCAAGUGCACAGAGAUAGCACUCGAGCGCGCCGCCUCAUCCUCUGACGAGUCCAGUGACAAGGAGGACGACCUUUGGUCUGGCUCAGAUGAAAGCAACUCUUCUGCCACCACCGUUGACGUCGACCGCCACGAACCUUCAAGGCUCGAGCAGCUUCUUUACUAUGCUGGUAUCCGUGGUCCAAAAACUCGCGGGCCCAAGCUCAUCUGGAGAGACUCUAAGGACAAGUUCGACGCACCCUCUGGCCCCGAGGCGUACACGCGUCGUAUGAGACUCAUUCCAGUCCAAGAUGAUCAUAAGUUCGGUGAUAAGGUCGCUGAGGGUAUUUUGUGGGACGUAGUUCGCAAGCAUAUUGUCGGUUUACUCAACGAAAAGAACGUCAAAACCUCCGCUGUCGACUUUGUUCGAUUCACGUGGCUCAACCAGAGGCCAGGCCAGGUGAUCGACGACGACAAGGAGGAAGGCGAGGGCGACGAUGCGGGGGAUGAGAUAUUCAACGUCACCGAAUACGACAAAAUUGCAGCCAUCACGCCUGUCGAGGACGGCAAUCGUUUCUUCAGCAACCCUACUGUCUGGAUCGGUGUGUUGCCCGAUUCUCUCACCGCUCCCGGUGCGCACGAUGUAGCCGGAGGAAUCCGUGACUACCUCAACGGGCUCCAAGUCGAGAAUAUCGACAUCGCGUUCCGCGAGAAGAAGUUCAAGUACUUGGCCGGGCCAGCCCUUUACCGUCCCGUCGAGGAAGGUGACGCUCUGCAGCCGGUGAUCGACGGCGUCUCCGUUGCUCUCAGUCUGUCCAUCCAGGGUUUCAAGACGUCCAUGCAGGGAACGCUUGGACCCUAUUUCCGCGUUGACAAGAAACUGUACGCCAUCACUGUCCGUCAUAAUUUGUUCCCUCUCGACGACGACAAUGCGGAAUAUCGCUUCAAUCCCUCUGCACCCAAGAAGGGGGUCCUUGUUAUGGGCGACAUCGCGUUCACGAACUACAAAACUUCUAUCCAGGUGCACAUUGGUACGCUUCUAGACACCGUCAAAAGUCUCAAGAAGAGAGUCGAUGCGUACAAAUGUAAGGUGGAGGAUGGAGUCGACGUCGAUCAGUCGAAGGUCAUACUGCAGGAGAACGAGGUCGAGCUCUCUAAGACGGAGCGGCAUAUCAACGAGCUCAAACGGUUCUUCCUCAUCAUCGAUAAGAGGUGGGGCAAGCGUAAGGACCGUGUCAUUGGGCACGUCGUUUGGGCUCCCCCCAUCGGUACCGGUCAGGCUCCUCACGACUACACCUGCGACCUGUGUGUCGUGGAGUUAAACAAAGAUAAGUUCAGAAACUUGAUGGGCAACGUCUUGUGUCUAGGAACCAAGUACACCAAGUCGAAGCUGCUGAGCUUGAUCUAUGGACGCGACGAUGUACUUGCUGAGUUCAAGUUCCCCGACCACGGUCUCUUGCACCUUAGACGCAUUCUCACCGCCGACGAGGUCAAGCACCCCAACAGCAAGGACACUCAGGGCGAUCCCAUUCGUCGCGUUCUCAAAGAUGGCUACAUGACCGGUCUCACUGUUGGUGGUCUGGGCAAGUUUAUGUCCUUUGUUCGAAAGUACUUCCCUACAGGCCAUCAGGAGUCUGUCGAGCUGCCCAUUCUCAAUCACGAGGACGAGCCUGGCACCUUCUCCAAAGGAUGCGACUCUGGAUCCCUCAUCGUCGACAUUCUCGGCAGGUUUGUGGCAUUGCUUACAGGUGGGUCAAACAAAGGAAUGGAUGGCUCUGACAUCACCUAUGCCACUCUCUUUGAAUGGGUCUGGGAGCUCGUGUGCAAGGAGUUCCCCGGUGCAAACUUGUAUUUUGAAGACCUUGUGGCUUUCUUUGCUGAUGACUAGGAAUUGCAAGAUAUAUCUUGUCCUGUGUCUUUCUGCAACUUCACUAACCCCCAUGCUCACUAUCAGUUUGUGGAGCCAUAGGAGCCAAGCCGAGCCAUUAGCUGAGCCACAAUUAGCUGUGCAGUGGGCUUGGUUAGCCAAGCUGUGCCAUUUCAGCCCAUGUCACUUAGCUGUGCUGCACUGUGCCAUUAAAAUUUGUCAGGGCAUGGCCUAACUGGC